AUGCAACAUGCAUUGUACAACAAUUGGACUUGUACUGUGAAAGAAUUUUCGCUUUUUUUUCCCAAGAUUCCUUCAGUAUAUUGUGCCUUAAGAUAAAGACAACAAUGAUUAUAAAAUGAUUGCGCAAUACAAACACACAUACACACACACGUGUGUGUGUGUCUGUGUGUGUGGAAUAUCGAAGCUCAGUGAUAUACAUAUAUCUGUAUCAAAUGUAUAACAUACAUCACUGAACUUCGAUAUUUUUUAAGUAUCUACAUACAUAUCUUGAAUAUUAUGUACACACAUACAAAUAUAAUAUAUAAUAUAUACAUUAUAUUUAUAUCAUUUUACAGCUUUGCUUUGCUUUUUCGUCUCUUUCUUCUUCGAAGGAUAUAACAAAGAAAAUGCUCGGAGUUUUAGAACUAAAAAUUCCUAUGAUCUUAUCACAGGAAAUCACGAUUAACCUCAGAUCGAUUACUUCUACGCUUACCAUAACAGAAGUUCUGGAAUACUAUGAAGAAAAACUACAAAGAGCUGUUCUUUUUUCUUUUUCUACCCGCCUGUCGGUCAGACGGUAAGACCGGAGGAAUAAAUUAAUCAUCAAGGGAAACAGUUGCAUCUCGACAGGCGAAUUCGUAACUUUGGAAAGAUAGUGAGACCGAUAAUGAUCGGAUAACAAGCAAUAAACUUUCACUUGAUGAAGUUACCUCGAGUGAGAAGGCACUUUAC